AGCAGCCUCCUGUCUCCUCGCAGCAGCAGCAGCAGCCCCACAGAGGAGAGAGAGGCGCCCUUGGCGGCUAGGAGCUGCUGGGGGGCAUGUUUUAUUUUGGGCAGGGAAAGGGAAGAGUCCCCGGCAAGGAUGCGCCGCCGGCAGCUCUAGGGAACCCCAGGAGCUGAGAGCAGCCAGAGGCAGCCUCUAACCACUGAGCAGCACUCCCCAGUGUACAGCUUUUCAUGUGCCGCCCUCUGAAGCUGAGAGAGUGUGACUCACCCAAGGUCCCCCCCUUCUGAAGAGAUUUGCCAAGAAAACCUUAUGAUAGGGUCUUAUAGAGUCACCAUAAGUCAAAAACAUCUUGGGGGCAUACAACAACAAAUGUAUGGAAGCAUUUGCAAAGGGUUUGACAGGAUUCUUCUACCAAGCCCCUUCUUUUCUCGAAAACCUUCCUUUACAAGACCCCUUCCCGAAAUCAUGGCACGCUUAAAAUGGGCAGAAAUCAAGAGCCCGAAGGAGGCUACAAAGUUCCUGGGAUGGUUCCUUUUAAAAUGCAGAACUGACAGCUGGAUUUACAGCCUCUGUGACCUUAUAGGCAGCCUUUCAUGGUGAAAUUGUCGCCAAGUGCAUCAUACAGUAGGCAAGAAGGCUGGUGGAAGGAAAUCUGUGCACUGGCACUGGAGGACAAAAUGCUGAUAACUAUAACACCACCCCACGAGCCACCCUCUCUACACCCACAGGCUCCACCUCCUCCUAUUCUACCAAAGCCUGGAAUGGACAAUCUUAAACUACAGAGACUCUUGAAAAAAGCAGCAAAGAAGAAAGCAGUAUUAUCUACACAGCAAACCACAUCAUUCCGGUCUACCUUGUCCCCCGUGAGUGAAGCCAGCCCAGACUUGGAGCACAAUGAACGCUCUUCUCCAUUAAAACCCACUGAAGCUCACAGGCACCUGACCAUCAACCUCCCACCCCGCUUUUCCAUCAAGCCUAUUGUCCAUGUUUCAUCUCCCUUUCCUAAGGCAAAGCCCUUUACAUUCAAAGUCACCGAACAGAGGAGCAUUUCUGAGCAUCUCAAACUCACUCUCUCACCCGCAGUAUCACCAUUUCAGAGACAGAGCACUCCUGAGUCCUCAUGGCCACCCGCAGAACAUCCAUCAGACAUGCACACACAAGUGCCUCCUUCAAGCGCCACACACACUGUAUUUGUUUUCCCUGAACAUCCUGUUUCCCCUAAACCUGUAGUGGAGACCCCAGUGCAAGUUACUCAUGUUGCUGAAACCCAUGCCUAUAUUCAUAGUGUUCAAGAACCAAGGGCUAAAACCUCACUGUUAGAACAGUCACUGGAAGCUCUUAAUAGUGAAGACAAGGCCACAUCAGUUCCUUUGCAGAUCAACUAUUCACAUCCAUCUCCAGGUGACAAGCAAGUUACACACUUUAUAAGCCAAGCCUCUACUCCUAAAGUAGAUGUUACCUCAGCCCCUGAGCCUCCUGCCAGGACAAUGAAAACUGAAAUACUACAUGUUCCCAGACAUCAUACUGGGGAUACAUCCCCAGUUCCUCAGGUCAACAGGCCUGUGACUUUGGAAAGCAGAAGCCUUCAACCACACACUGAAGCCCAGAAACAGCCACGUACCACUGCCCUUCAGAACCACAUCAUGACAGAGGCAGUCAUACUUCCUCCACCAGUUGUCAGCAUACAUGCUCCUUUGCCAGAAGGUAGGCCUGAUAUGCAGACUCUAUCACCACUGUCACAUACUGCUCCUCCGAGUACAACAGACUCCUUACCAAAACCAAAGCCAGCAUUGCCUCCCAGAAACAAGUUUAGUGGCUGGUCUCGUCUCAAGAAGCACUUAAUCGUGGAAUCUGAAGAACCACAGUUUCCCAUCUCAGAAUCUGAAACACCUAGGCCUGAACAGAUGGGAAAAGAAAAGACAAAAGUACAGGAGUCUCAAGCCCACAGCAGUCCAGAGAAGAGCAUAACCAAGUCAAGAGCAGUCAAGAUGUGGGAUGCCAUCUUGUAUCAGAUGACAACCAGCAAGGCAAGGAAACAGCAAGCAGAAGAAAAGGAAAUGAGGAGAGAAGGAACGUUUUCAUUCAAGAGACGUUUACCCCUUCUCCUCCACCGACCACGCUUUGAUGCAAGGAAGCUUAAAGAGCUGGCUUCCAAACCCAUGACAAAGAUCACUACUUUGUUUGAGGUACGCCGAAUCCAACCCAAACCACCUGAAGAAAUCCUGAUAAGUUUUAAUAGGACUGCAUCCGGGUGGCAGAUGAAAGGAAGCAAUGAAUGAAAUCCUCUUUAGAAGGUUGUAUGCUGAGCUAGAAGGAUUUGAAAUAAAAAGCAAAAUUUAUCAAAGUAGAAAUCACUUGCAAAGAAAAAAUAAACAGAAUCAUCCACAGG